AUGGCCACCAACGGCCGUCUCAAGGACAUCCUCCCCGCCAAUGCCAAGGCUGGCACCGUCAUCAUGGAGGCCGACGAAGCUGAUAUGACAGAUGCGGUUGAUAGAGUCGCUGGCCUGGGCGCCGAGAAAAAACGCGAGCUGUUCGAGGCGCUCAAGAGU